AACCAGACAUAUAGCAAUGAGGCUUCUAAAUACUAACACGUUGGAAUUAGAGGAGUUUUACUCUUCAGAAACGCCUUCAUAUGCAAUCUUAUCACAUACUUGGGGACCUGAAGAGGUUCUCUUUGGUGACAUGGCUGAUCUAUCUGGUGCUCGCGAGAAGCAUGGCUAUAGAAAACUUAGCGGCGCCUGCAGACUUGCCCGCAAACAGUCGUAUGAUUAUAUUUGGAUAGAUACGUGCUGUAUCGACAAGUCGAGCAGCGCCGAGCUAUCUGAAGCAAUCAACUCCAUGUUCCAAUGGUAUCGGGGUGCGGCUGUUUGCUACGCAUAUCUCAGCGAUGUACCUGAACCCGACCCCUUAGAAGCUGAACGUUCAUUUCGGUCCAGCAGAUGGUUUACAAGAGGUUGGACGCUACAGGAGAUGCUUGCACCGGCCUCAGUUGAGUUUUAUAAUGCCGAUUGGUAUCGUCUUGGAGCAAAGACCGAUAUUGCCUUGUACUCUCACAUAACAGAAAUAUGUGGCAUUGACGAGUUAACACUCCGAGGGGGAAAUCUGGAGCAUGUCAGUAUUGCGCGAAAAAUGUAUUGGGCAUCCAAUCGAACAACCACCCGUAUUGAGGACGCCGCAUACUCGUUACUUGGCAUCUUUGAUGUAAAUAUGCCCCUGCUUUAUGGUGAAGGAACCAAAGCCUUUCGCCGGCUUCAAGAGGAAAUACUGAGGAAAUCCGAUGAUCCAUCUAUAUUUGCUUGGUUCAAUAGUAGAUAUUCGGAGGGAACGGCGGUAGAUGUCCUAGCAACCUCCCCUUUAGACUUUCGUGAGAUAUCAGGGCUAAUUGCUAGAGAGCCAUUCCAUCGACCCGGUCGAAGAGAAACAAGAAUCACCAAUCAAGGCAUCAUGAUGGAACUCCCCAUUAUUUCAGUCUAUCGACUAGGCCAGUCAGAGUAUGACCCAUUUAGUGAGGUCGAAGCGAUUCUCGACUGCCAAUAUGGCCGUAUACCGGGCACAUUUCCUGUUAUUAGGCUGCGAAGCCAUGUUUCAUCUAGCGGGGUCAAUAAUGAAAAGGAAAUGAGACAAUAUUAUCGAAUAAUGACGGGAGAGGAGAUGGGCAAGUUUGAAUAUUUUGACAACUUUGCAUUCAUCAAGACGGACAAGGAUGUGCUUGGUCUUGACCCUACACAACUUGACCGUGAUGAAUUCAAAAAAGCGAUGGAUUAUAAAAAUCUUCUAUGGAAGUUCCAGUCAGUGAUUCUGACUAGGCGAAUUCCUGAAGUAUCGAAUAGCCAACUGGAUAUUCCAUGGUCACUCUCGCCACUCCACUACCAAUAUGCGCCGGAUAAUACUGGAUUUUGGUUUGUCAGUUAUGGCACACUCAACCCUAUCACACAGCGUAUUCAGGAUCUACAACUCGACAUUGUGCAUCCAACUGAACAGUGGGACAAAUAUGCGUAUCAACUACGCGUCCUAGAUAUACCAAAGCAUUACUACGGUAGAGGCCAGUUCCGGUGCCUAGAUGGCAUAUUCACGCUAUUACGAUUUAAUUCGAAGAGACCCCUGGGAUUGGCAGACGGCCUCCUGUUGGUUGGUAGAUUGUCUGAUUCACGCCGAGACUUAUUCGUUCGACCCUGGUGCAAGUACAUUAAAAGAGGAACAGAGUUAUUCAAAGUGUGUCUCCGAGACCCAGGCAGGGUUAAUAUUCAGUCAGAAGAAGAGCUGGAGACUGAAUUGACCUUUGAAACAAGUGGCGGAGAGGUCAAGGUAGCCGUUGAAACCAAGGAAAUAUCUGGUGUUUUCUACCAUGUGGUUGGCAUUAGGCGCAUUUUAGAUUCGGAAGAUUCCUUUACCGGGCUGAACUUGAUCGAUCCUAACAUGGGCCGCAGACUCUCCCGUUGAGCGUUUCUGCCAACUGAGGACCAGGUGUUUUAACGCAGCUAGUAGAAAGCACCCCUAUAUAGACAAAAGUAACCGCGACGAGUUUGUUUUCGUCUGAUAUUUCGCUCAGAGAAUCUGCAAUACAGCCUACGUAGUUGUACAGUGCAUCUGUCUGCUUGAAGAUGAAGCUCAUCGCCGAGCUACUUGUAGUAUGUGCUCUUCGGCAGUACGCCUCAACGCCGAGGCUAAGAUCAGCCACUCUUCAUCCAAGUGAAAAAAAAAGAGCGCCAAUUCUUGGCUGUACAAUGACUUCACGGCCCUCAGUAGCUGCGUUAUUAAGUUUCCACGUGGAGACCCUCAUAAAAACGGAAAUGAGCGCAUGGGCUGAGCAGCCAAGAGGGGAGACGGGAUGACUCGCGCUCGGAAUAUUCCAUAGCGAAAAGGAAGCCAAUCUCUGUUUAAUUGGAAAAAAGGAAAUUUUUACCCACGCAGCCAAG